GCCAAUCAAUUUUCAGAUAGGGGUCACGUGGUCGUGUGGUGAAUAACGUAGGCUUUUCUUAGACAUAGGACGAUAUAGAUUUAGUUUUAGACGCUCGUUCCUUGGCAAGCCUAGAAAUAAAGGUAAUAUAAAAUCAUUUAUAUCAAUUUUUUUGGUUAUUUUAUUGUGAUAGACGAUUAAUUGAGAAGAAGGUUUGACGUUUACUAACGGCAGCCAUGUUAGUUUGUGCAAAGUAACAACAAACGCAUGCCAACGACGUAAAGCUAGCGUAAACGUAAUGAAAAAAACAUUUUAGGAUCGAAUAAGUUUAAGAUAAAAAUCAAAUGAAAUUUAAUUGAAGAAUAAAUCAGGUUUUUCUUUGUUGAUAUUUUAGAGAAGUUCAUUCUUUUUUGUUUAUGAAUUUUGCGUUGUCAUUAUAGACCAGAAUAUGGAAUCAAAUGCGACAUCCGAUCAGAAUAUCGCGUCGUCUUUGUGCAAAAUGGGUUGCGGAUUUUACGGAUCCGAAGCAACCGAAGGAAUGUGCUCGAAGUGCUAUAAGGAUACAGUAAAACGCCGAACAGAAAAUGGAGCUGGACGAGUCAGUCCUGCUACUUCGAGCGCCGCAGCAACAUCGACGUCCUCAACACAAACCGUUCAAACAGCCAAGCCCACCAUCGCCACUCCUCCAAAGGAGCAAGAAGAAAACGAAGGUUGUCAAGCCGCAGCCAAUUCACCCGCGACGACCCCUGAAGAAGAACAGGAAAAAAAGGAUGGGAAAAAAACUAAAAAGAAUCGAUGCUCCACGUGCAAAAAGAAAGUUGGUCUGACUGGUUUUGAGUGUAGAUGCGGCGGUCUGUAUUGCAGUAUGCACAGGUAUUCGGAUAAGCAUCAGUGUUCAUUCGACUACAAAGAAUUGGGUGCUGAACAAAUAAAGAAAGCUAAUCCUGUUGUGAAAGCUGAGAAGAUAACGAAAAUAUGA